CAGUAAAAGACAGCUGAUAAACAGUGAUUCAAAGCAUCUUUUCUUUUCUUCUCAGUCAUCAUGUCUGGAGAGAAAUCCAAGUCUGCUUCCCAGACUGAUGGGAAGGCGGCUCAGAACAAGAUGUCUGAGAUGGGCAUGAUGUCCUACAAGAUGUGUGUGUAUGACCAGGAGAACUUCCAGGGCCGCUGUAUUGAGAUCAACGCUGAGUGUAUGAAUGUCUGUGACAUGGGAAUGGAUAGGGUGCGCUCCCUGCGCGUCGACUGUGGCCCCUUCGUGGGCUGGGAGCAGAUGAACUUCUGCGGUGAGAUGUUCAUCCUGGAGAAGGGUGAGUACCCCCGCUGGGACUCCUGGAGCAACUGCCAGAAGAAUGACUACCUGCUGUCCUUCAGGCCCGUCCGCAUGGACCCUGAGAAGCACAAGAUCUGCCUGUAUGAGGUCGGAGAGUUCAAGGGUCGUAAGAUGGAGAUCAUGGACGAUGACGUCCCCAGCCUGUUCUCCUAUGGUUUCACCGACAGAGUUGGCAGCAUCAUGGUCAGCUGUGGAACCUGGGUGGGUUACCAGUUCCCCGGCUACCGUGGCAGCCAGUACCUGCUGGAGAAGGGCGAAUACAGGCAUUUCAAUGAGUAUGGAGCCCGCUGCCCCCAGAUGCAGUCCAUGAGGCGCAUCCGUGACAUGCAGUGGCACCCACACGGCUGCUACACCAUGUCCUCCAAGUGAAACCCAGCGAGGGCGAGGAAG